GAGCAUGUCUCAGCAGCAAUGGGAAUCGACGGAGACCGAAUUAAAGAGGAUGGUAUCCUUGCUGGCCUGAAGCCCGGCGCGGUCUGGAUCGAGCACUCCACAACGGACUUCGAAAACACGGUGAAGAUCCGAGCGGAGGUGGAGAAGCGCGGGGCCAAGGCUGUGGCGGCACCUGUCACUGGUGGAAUGCAGAUCUUGAAAGUGGGAAAGAUGGUAGCACUGGUCGGCGCAGACGAGGAGACGUUCCAGCGCGUCAAGCCACUGAUCUCGCUGUCGGCGCCACGGAUCAUUCGCUGUGGUGAAUUCGGCCACGAGACUGUGGUCAAGAUUCUGACGAACAUGCUGUGUGCUGUCCAAGACUGCGCUAUGGGUGAGGUCAUGAUGAUUGCGAAAAAGAGCGGUGUGGAUAUGAAGCUGCUCUUCGACGCCAUGCGCAUCUCUUCGGGGAACUCCUUCUGUUGGGAGACGGAAUUUGCGCGCGUGGCAGAUGGAUCCUACUGCCCGGACUUCACUGCCGAGAUGAUGGCAAAGGACAUCCAGCUUGGCCAAGGUUUGGCUGCAAAGCAUGGUGUGCCCAUGCUGAUGCAUGGCCAAGUCGCGCAGAUCUACGAGAUGUGUAUGGCCAAGUACGGCCGUGAUUCUGGCUCCACCAUUCCAGUGAAGCUGGUUGAGGAUGCCUGUCAGACGCCUCUGGCAGACGAGAAGCUCAGGGAAGCGUUUAAGGAUUGGACUUACACCACGGAGAUCGUGGACGGAAGCUAUGCCAUCGUCCACAAAAAUAUCGAGAAUCCCCAUCUGGACAUCAGCCGCAAGAUCUCCUGA